UGAGGAUUUACGGAUUAGAUUUGUGCUUUUAACUCCAAACAAAACAUUGACACUAAAACUAAUAAUGGACACCGUGAACACUUCCCUCGCUGAUUCCACAGAGAUUAGGAGAGGAGUAGGUGAUUUAAUGGAGAAAUACACGGACGGAGGUUUGGGGCACGGCAGAGUCUCCGUGCGUAAUUUUGGAGACGCGGGGUCUUCACGCAGCAGCGUGCCUGGAUCAAGCAGCCACGCGCUCUCACAGCAUUCUGCUCUUGAUAUGGCACUCGAUAACAAACCUUAUACUGAUCACAUGGAGGAAUUUCUGAAAGUCGCACCCGACCAGUGGAGCGCGAUAUCAAACAAAGCGCUUAAGGAGAUGGAUGUGCAGGAGAACUCAGACAUGAGUGCGGGUAUCAAAGACGAGAAGGAGCAACAUUUAAUAAUGGAAGCACCCCGCACUGAUUUCGACCUCGGGUUAAGCGUCAGUACUCUGGAUAGCUGCUACGACCCGAGCGAAAGGAAACAGCAGUGUGGGUAUAUUGCAGACAAGUCAACUUUGCUCUCAUCGCAAGCUGCCCAACAUGUCGUUGUGGACAGUUCUUCUAACUUUCAACUGGACACGAAUCAGCCUAACGCACUGGUUUUGACAUCUCAGAGAAGAGCAUCUCCUUCUCUCGGUAGGGGUAUGUUGAGUUUCGAUGGAACGAGAGCAACUGCAAUGAUGCCUAAAAAUGACAUGUCUAAAUGGGUGGUUCAGCAGUCCCCAGCGGAUUCUCAGUUCUGGUAUCAGUCUAAUGUGAACGAUGAACAAGCUGGCUAUUCUCCACCCGACAGCUUCACCCAGCGCUCACUGACAUCAUACACUACAUUCCCUGGGGUUCCACCUCAAAGACUGUGUGUUAUAUGUGGAGAUGAGGCUUCGGGAUGUCACUAUGGAGUUCUUACUUGUGGAAGCUGCAAGGUGUUUUUCAAGAGAGCUGUGGAGGGUCACCAUAACUACCUGUGUGCAGGACGCAAUGACUGUAUUGUUGAUAAAAUCAGGAGGAAAAAUUGUCCUGCUUGUCGUCUUAGAAAGUGCUACCAGGCAGGGAUGAUGCUUGGAGGCCGUAAGAUGAAGCGGUUUGGUGGUUUGAAGGUCAUGGGUUUGAAUCCAUCGCUAAUGUUCCAGAGCCCGAUAGCCCUGAUGGCUGAGGGUCAAACUCUGUCCUCCAUGCCCUCUCUACCAGUGAUCCGUGAGCUACAGCUGUCUCCACAGAUGAUCAAUAUUCUGGAAAGCAUUGAGCCACAGAUAGUCUUCUCUGGCUAUGACAGCUCGCAACCAGAGCUUCCCCACCUUCUCCUCAACAGUCUCAACAGACUCUGCGAGAGGCAGCUGCUCUGGAUUGUCAGAUGGUCCAAGUCACUUCCAGGUUUUCGCACUUUGCACAUCAACGACCAGAUGACGCUGAUCCAGUAUUCCUGGAUGAGUUUAAUGGUGUUCUCGCUGGGUUGGAGGUCCUUUCAAAAUGUCACCACUGAGUACAUGUACUUUGCGCCAGACCUCGUCCUAAGUCAUGAUCAGCUGAAGAGGUCUCCGAUCUACGACCUGUGCUUGGCUAUGCAAUUCAUUCCACAGGAGUUUGCCAACCUGCAAGUGACCAAGGAGGAGUUUCUGUGCAUGAAGGCUUUGAUGCUCCUCAAUACUGUACCUCUGGAGGGCUUGAAGAGCCAGACACAGUUUGAUGAAAUGAGACAGAACUACAUCUGUGAGCUGACUAAGGCCAUCCAGAUGAAGGAGAAAGGAGUGGUGGCCAGCUCCCAGAGAUUCUACCACCUCACCAAACUCAUGGACGCCAUGCACGAGAUUGUGAAGAAGGUCAACCUCUACUGCCUGAGCACAUACGUCCAGGCAGAUGCCAUGAAAGUGGAGUUCCCAGAGAUGAUGUCAGAGGUCAUUGUGUCACAGCUUCCGAAGGUUCUUGCUGGCAUGGUCAAACCACUCUUAUUUCACCACAAGUGAAGUCAUGAUAUGUUAUUUACGUGUAAGGAACUCUUUUCUGGUGUAUUUUAUUGUUAUAAUUUGACCUUACUAAACAGACGGCCUGCGAGCCGUAUCUGGCCCAUCAGUUUUUAUUAUGUGGUACCUGAAAUGCCUUGUUAUUGAUUUAUCAUUAUCGUAAAAAACGUGCCAUCAAAUAAAACAUCAUAGUAACUGACAAUGGGAAAGUACACUCCAUAUGAAAUAUUAUUACAUUUAGGGGAGACUGCAGCUAGUUGUUAAAGUAAUUCUAGCAAUUAAAAUUAGGACUAUUUUGGUGGAAAAUGGCAUCCACAUACAAAUAAAUAAAUAUAUUAUUAAUAAUACUAAAAUAAUAUAAUAUUAAUAUAUAAUUAUAUUAUUAAUAUUAUUAUAGAAUGUUUUAUCGCAUUCUUAAUAUUAUAAAAUAUUAUUCAUAUUUUAUAAAAGUCAUUUAAUAGCCUAUAAUACACUAGACAUACAGAUGUUGUGGAAGAUGGCUUUUUACAUUUAUAUAGUUUUUAGUAUUUCAACAAGGCAUUCGACUCAAAUCAGGGACAGUAAAUAGCAGGUCCCCUUUGUGACAAUUUCCCCCUCGUUUAGGCCAAUGUUUUUAAAUGAACUGUAUCAUUUUUCCUGGGUAAUAACGGUCAAAACAGGCGUGGACUGGCCAUUGACAGAACCGGGACUUUUCCCAGUGGGCCGGGCACCAAUGGGGCCGCUGCGUUAUGCAGAACGUGCCACAAAACGGCGCCGCGGUAUGUGGAAGGAGGGAGCGAUAUGCAGAAAAGGACAGUUCUUUUGGGGCAGUUUCUAUGUAAAAUCCCGCCCCAAAAAUGUCAAUAGCUUUUUCUUACAUGUUUUUUUUUGCCAAGACUUAAAGGUUUGUUUCUAAAAGGAGUAAACGUGUGAAAACUAGCCCUAAUCUCUCUUAUAUUAUAUGAUAUGUAUAUAAAAAUGGCAUCUGUUGUGGUUUGAAUGUGGCCCCAAUGGCUUUUCAAGUUGAGAAUCUUUGAUCUAGUUAUGUAAACAUCUUUCUUUAUACAAUUUUCCCCGUGAUAAUGUUCAAAUAUUACCAGCAAACAUUUGGGUUGGAAAUCCAAAUCAGACCCUUUUCUUUUAGAUGAAAGAACCAGAUGAUGAAUAAAGAAUAUUUGCUAUAUUAUUAUACACCUGCUCUAGCUUUAUGGUUUAAAUGACAUGAAAAAUAUUUUUUGAACAUUUGUGUGAUAAAUGCAUGUAUAUUUUAGAUAAAUAUACAAUUUUAAACUGUGCACAAAAACAAAUGGAGAUAAUAAAGUAGUGUUGAUGUUUUUUUGGAUUGCAAGUAUUUUUCUUAUUUAAUUUUUUGUGCAUGAAACUUUAUUUUUCUUUAGAUUUUUUUUUAUUUUUUUAAUGAAUCCUUUAAUGCUUGCUUUUCUGUUACUCAAUUAUCCACCAAGGUUGCCUAUUUGACAGUAAAUUCUAUUUGAAUUAUACACACCUUUCAUGUUUUUUGAGUGUGAAGAUGAGGAACUAUAUUAUCUGUCUGGCUCUGUGAUGUACGGUAAACGUCAAUAGAAGAGAUUUUGUGUUUUCAUGGUCAGAUCUGUCUAACUAACCUUCUCAUAUCUCUUCCAAUGCCAGUGUCACAUUUGAUUGUACUUACAUUUACACAGUAACACAUCAUAUAUGUCAAAUGAAAUAAUCAA